UUUUUUUUCUGAUUAUUAUAUAAUCCUCACCGAAGCACCCAACAACUCUCCAUGACAAAUUCCUCCUGAAAGAGUUUACUUUUCCUACUUUCUGAUAUAAAACAAUCCAAAUGAUAGUCUUCUUUUUUUCCCUUUGUUAAUAGUAUAUAAAAUAUCUCUUGCAUCAGUAUCAAUCCAACUUAUGGAUCAACCAACCAUGUCAACGACAAUGCCAUUUCUUACUCACGUAGAUUUUUCUAUCUAUAUAUUAUUGGGUGUGCAUAAGUCCAUCACCAAUCAUCAUAAUCUUAUUUCUUCUCUCCAGGCAAUCCCACUUGACCCAUUUUCACUUUUCCCCACAAUUAAUAUGUACUAAAUUCAACUUUCUACUGUGAAAUCAUUGGAAAUUCUUGAAUUUCAUUUGACACUUGAUUCUUCCUUUUCUCAGUGUUUAAUCCCAGGAUUUGUGGCAAACAUUGGUUGUACCAAUGCCAAACUUUACUCUGCUGAUCUGAAGAGUUCCAACAGAGCUUGACUUGUCUUCAAGAUGGAGGGACCCAGAUAUUGUAUAUAUGUUUUUGCUACAGCAAUUCAUUGCUAUAUGCUUCUUGUGGUUGCUCAAAUAACCGAUCCGUCUGAAGUUUCAGCUCUAAUAUCUGUCAAGGGUAGUUUGAUUGAUAGUCUGAAGCACUUGAAGGGUUGGAAACGGGGUGAUCCCUGUACUUCAAACUGGACAGGAGUUUUUUGCUAUAACACUUUUGGUGAUGAUGGGUACUUGCAUGUCAGAGAACUCCGUUUGAUGAAUAAGAAUCUUUCUGGAAGUUUAGCACCUGAGCUAGGAAAACUAUCCCGUCUUCAAAUUUUAAAUUUCAUGUGGAAUGAUUUGACUGGGAGCAUACCAAAAGAGAUUGGAAGCAUCACACCUUUGAAACUUCUGCUUUUGAAUGGAAACCAAUUGUCAGGUUCUUUAGCGGAUGAACUCGGAUAUCUAUCAAAUCUCAACAGAUUCCAGAUUGACCAGAACCAAAUAUGGGGAGAAAUUCCAAAAUCCUUUUCUAAUUUAAAUAGGAUCAGACAUAUCCACUUCAAUAACAAUUCGCUGAGUGGUCAAAUUCCUCAGGAGCUUUCCAACUUGUCCACUAUUCUUCACUUGCUUCUGGAUAAUAACAAUCUAUCAGGCUACCUUCCUCCUGAGUUUUCUACACUUCCAGAUCUGGAAAUACUCCAACUUGACAAUAACAAUUUCCGUGGAUCUGAUAUUCCAGCUUCUUAUGGAAACCUUUCAUCAUUACUGAAAUUAAGUCUCAGAAAUUGCUCUUUGCAAGGAUCCGUUCCUGAUUUCAGCAGAGUAGGAAACCUAAGCUAUCUUGAUCUCAGCCGGAAUCAACUUUCUGGAUCUAUACCACAGAAUAAGCUUUCCAACAAUAUGACAACUAUUAUUCUAUCGCAUAACAGCCUUAAUGGAUCUGUUCCCAAGAGUUUUUCUCUUCUUCCUUCUCUGCAGAAACUGUCACUUGAGAGCAACUUUCUGAAUGGUUCCAUUUCCACUGACAUUUGGCAAAAUAAGACCUUUACUACAACUUCCAGACUUGUGAUUGAUCUGCGGAAUAAUUCAGUUUCAAACAUUUCGGGUGCUUUUGAACCUCCUGUAAAUGUCACGCUAAGGUUUCAAGGAAAUCCCGUCUGCAGUGAUACAAGUAUCAGAAACAUUGACCAAUACUGUGGCCCUCACUUUGGAGCAGAUGAGGAGCCCAGUAAUUCACCAAAUCCCAGUGGUGUUUGUCCUAUUCAAGCAUGUCCUACUGACAACUAUUAUGAAUUUGUCCUGGAAUCACCUAAACCGUGCUUUUGUGCCUCCCCUCUUAGAAUUGGAUACAGGUUGAAAAGUCCUAGUAUUUCUUAUUUUGAUCCGUACAAGCAACUAUUCCAGUCGUAUGUGACUAGUUCCCUUGACUUGGACCUUUAUCAAUUGCGGAUCGAUUCAUAUUUUUGGGAGAAAGGACCUCGUCUGAGGAUGUAUUUGAAGCUUUUCCCAUUAGUUGGGGUCAGUACAUUCAAUAAAAGUGAGAUUCUUCGUAUUAGCGAGAUUUUUGCCUCUUGGGAGUUCCCAGGAAGUGACCUAUUUGGACCAUAUGAGCUCCUGAACUUCACACUGCUCGGACCUUAUUCAUACUUAAAUCCUGAAAUCCAAGGUAAACAACAAAGCAAAGGCGUUCUAAUAGCUUGCAUUGUAGCAGCAGGUGUUUUUGCUGCCUUUGUUUCCACAAUUGCCACUAUAUUAAUCACAAGGCGACGUGCUAAGUAUCAAAGCAUCUUGUCAGGAAAACGUAAACCUUCAAGGCUCUCUAUAAAAGUAGAUGGCGUUAAAUGUUUCACCUUCAGAGAAAUGGCCUCGGCCACUAACAACUUUGAUAGCUCAACUCAAGUUGGUGAAGGAGGAUACGGUUCUGUCUUUAGGGGAAUUUUAGCUGACAAAACAAUUGUUGCUAUCAAGCGAGCAAAAGAAGGAUCCUUGCAGGGGCAAAAGGAAUUUUUGACCGAAAUAGAACUAUUAUCAAGGUUACAUCACCGUAAUCUAGUUGUGUUGCUUGGGUACUGUGAUGAAGAAGGAGAGCAGAUGCUGGUUUAUGAGUUCAUGCCCAAUGGAACUUUGCGAGACUGGCUUUCUGCUAAAUCUAAACGAAAUUUGAAGUUUGGAGCAAGGUUGGGGAUCGCACUGGGGGCAUCUAAGGGCAUCCUUUAUCUCCAUACUGAAGCUGAUCCACCCAUAUUCCACAGGGAUGUCAAAGCCAGCAAUAUUCUUUUAGACUCUAAACUCACUGCCAAAGUUGCUGAUUUUGGAUUGUCUCGGCUUGCACCUGUCCAGGAUGAUGAAGGUGUACUGCCUAAUCAUGUGUCAACAAUGGUGAAGGGGACACCUGGUUACCUUGAUCCGGAAUAUUUCUUGACCCGUAAAAUGACAGAUAAAAGUGAUGUCUACAGCCUUGGGGUUGUAUUUCUGGAGAUCUUAACCGGCAUGCAUCCUAUCUCGCAUGGAAAAAACAUUGUUCGUGAGGUAAAUAUGGCUCAUAAAUCGGGAAUAAUGUUCUCUAUAAUGGACAACAGCAUGGGAUCUUACCCCUCUGAAUGUGCUGAGAAGUUUGUGGCGUUGGCCCUUAAGUGUUGUCAGGACAAACCAGAAGACAGACCCUCGAUGCUGGAGGUGGUUAGGACACUUGAAACCAUACUCCGUAUGAUGCCAUAUACUGAUGCCGAUCCUUUGGAUACUAAAGCCAGUUUUGGUGAAACUACGUCAUCAUCUUCAUUUUCUAAUACUAGAAGCCGAGACCUAUUUGCAUCAUCCAAUGUAUCGGGUGGUGAUCUUAUUAGUGGUGUUACUCUUAAUAUUUCACCUCGUUAACAUUAGCUUUUCUUUGAUUACAUAUACUUUAGCUUGUAGAUACUGGUGUUAUCACUAGUAGGAAGGCUAUACGACUUGUCUUUUUUGUGUAUACGAGUAUACAAUAAUAUUACCUUA